GAUGUGACAGAACAGUUCCUGCUCUAGACCAGCAGGUGGCAGUGACGCGCAGUGACGUGGUUUCCCAGCCUCUAAUUAUGACGACAAAGCAGCCUGUUGACGUCCGAUCGGAACAGCGCUUCUUCCUGGUUACGAUAGCCAAGGUAGCAGCUACCGUAGACAGCCAGCUACUAGUCUGCUUCUCCCUGGCUGUUGGUGUUCCUCCUCUGAUCGGCGGGGGCUCCGCCCAAGUGUCGUCCCGGCGGCUUCAGUCAGUGACAGACGGACACUCACGCCACACUUUCACCGUCGAUCCUCCCGGGAUGUCUUUCCUGGAGAAGCCGGCCCCCGGCAGACUGCUGCUGGAUGACACCGUGCCCCUGACGGCGGUGAUCGAAGCCAGCCAGAACCUGCAGUCACACACGGAGUACAUCGUCCGAGUCCAGAGGGGCGUGUCUUCAGAGAACAGCUGGCAGGUGAUCCGGCGUUACAGUGACUUUGAUGUUCUCAACAGCAGCCUGAUGGUUUGUGGCAUCAGUCUCCCUCUUCCUCCAAAGAAGCUAAUUGGAAACAUGGACAGGGAGUUCAUAGCAGAGAGACAGAGGGGACUGCAGGUCUUUCUGGACACAAUUACCCAGCAUCCCUUGCUUUCCUGCUCCCUGACUGUCAAGAAGUUUCUGGACCCCAACAACUACUCUGCCAACUACACAGAGAUCGCCCUGCAGCAGGUCUCCAUGUUCUUCAGGUCGGACCUGAAGUGGGAGGUCCUGGAGCCUCUCAAAGACAUCGGCUGGAGGAUCAGGAAGAAAUACUUUUUAAUCAUCAAUAAAGAGCAGCCCAAGGAGAUGAAUCUGCUGAGCUGGGUGGACCUGGGUCCUGAUAAGUUCCUGUCCGACAAAGACCUGCAGUCAGCCAUGAAGCUGCUAACCAGCAUCUCGACUCCAUAUCUCUGUCCGCUGUUGUUCUCCAGCACCAGCGAGUCUUCAGCUCUGCUCAUCCGGCCGUUCGCUGAGAAAGGCUCUCUGAGAGACCACAUCUGUAAGGUGAAGCCCAGAGAGAGUUACCUGAAGAAGUACUGUAACCCGAAGAAGAGUCAGGGUCUCGACCUGCAGCACAUCAAACUGUACGGCCGUCAGAUCCUGGAGGGCCUGAAGCUCCUCCAUGACGGCGGAUUAUUUUAUGGUCACCUGCAUGCGUCCAACGUAAUUGUGGAUGACGCCAGGUGUCGACUAAUGGACGUGGAGAACGGCAUGCUGGGAGUUCCCUCGGCACUGCGACCCGCCUUCACCCAGCUCAGGAAGAUCAACACCGUAGAGAGCAUCGACGUCUUCUGCUUUGGACAUUUACUGUACGAGAUGACGUACGGCAGACCGCCAGACAGCGUCCCGGUCGAUGGAUACGCCGAUGUCCCCUACACCGCUGUGGCAUCAGUGCUGCAGUCCAUUCUGUCCACAGAAGCCUGUAAGAGCGGAAUGCCGACUGUGUUGGAGCUCAUCAAGACACCUCUGUUUAGUGACGUCCAGCUCCAACACUCAGAAAAACUCCAGAUCAAGGUUCCCAGCAGGCUAAAAGAGGCGCUGAAGACUGCAAAGGAGAGUCUGGAGAAGAGGCUGCAGGAGGAGCAGAGAGUGCUCCACCAGCACAGGAGGCUAACCAGAGCUCAGUCUCACCAUGGCUCAGAAGAGGAGAAGAAGAGGAGGAAGAUUCUGGCGAGGAAGAAGUCCAGACAGUCAGCUUAUGAAAAUGAAGAAGACGUCACUGUCAGAAACAACAAUAACUCCGGUUCUGGAGCCAGUUCCCCUCCAACAUGCCCCUCAUCUCCCACCCCUCCAUCCACUACAGAGCAUGCUCCAUUUUGACCGUGUCGUUGGGAGCCCUGACUACUCCUCCCCCUCCCCCUCCUCUUCCCCCUGCUGUGCUGGACUCGUCCUCCUGUCCCCCUCCUCCCCUGUCCUCCUCUGGCGGAGCGGGAGGAGGUCGCACCGCCUUGCUGAGCUCCAUCCAGGCCUUCUCUAAGAACAAGCUGAAGAAGUCCGAAACCGUCGACCGCAGCAAACCCAUCAUCUGAUCUGACCCCGCCCUCCGUGGCAACCUGUCCCCGACCAGGAAACCGUCUGGAUGGACCUGCUGGUUCUGCACUGUGGUCUGGACCGCUUCACGUCCUCCCUCCCUGAGAUGUGAAAAGGAAUCACUAACAAAAGAAAUCCAAGUAACAAUUUUUUUGUUUUUAUUGCUAUUCCUGCUUUUUUCUGCUUACAUAUUUUUUAAUCUGUUGCUGUGGUUGGAGAGAGGCUCAAAACCUCUGGACACAGUCCGAGGCACCUGAAGGUUUGUCCUCUCUGACUGCAUUAUCACAAGGAGACUCCAAAUACAAAAAAAUUGGUAAACUCCAAGUGAAUCUGAGAGCUUUUUUGGGUCAACCUGCUGCUUCAGCAGGCAUCCAACUGGCUUCUUUUCUUCUUGUAAAGUGGCAGUUGAACAUUUGAAAUCAGAAGUUUGUGAGCCACUGUGGAUGCUUCAUCCUGCUGGAUGAUGAAGUUCAGUUCCCUGGAUCCAAAACUCUUAACUUCAGUGCUCUGACACUGUCCUGGCACUGCACUGGUUCAAGCUCCAGCUUUCCCUCUUUGAAAUCAUCUCAUGACGCGUUGUCUCCAGGUUUCACUGCAGGACGUCCGUGAUGAAGAAAGACUCCAGGAAAUCACUAGAGCUUCUGUCGGUCCUAUCUGUAAUCAUGUCCCAAAAACAUAAUGUUCUUAAAAUCAAGAAGAAGAAAAAGUCUCCAGUGCAGAAUAUCUCAGCAGAAAUCGAGUUUUUUGUUUUAGAAUUUUAUAAAAAUGUGUUAGACACAAGGAAAAUGUAACUUGCAGGUCUAUUUCCGUAUGUUUUUAACAUAACAGUUACAGAUAGAAUUACCUAGAGAGGGAAGGAUAUUUGAUUCCAGAAGUUUAUUUUAUACAAAGGAUGUUCACUGCAGCGUGUGUUUGAAACUACACAAACUACCUUUUAAUCACCGUCAAGUUGGGCUCCCACCUGCCGUUGGUUUGGUUUGGUAUGACCCAGAAGGAGAGAUUAGUUUGACUUUUCUGUAUUUUGCGCAAUUUGUUCAUCAGUUAGAGAUUCUGGCACUGAAAAGGCAUUCGUUAAAACCAUGACAUGGAUCCUCUGCGCCGUUCAUCCCAGUUACGAACGUAUGGAGAACGUCCACCGUGUUCUGCUCAGCUCUGUAAGCAUGAGGCGUCCUGAUUGGUCCGAUGUAGAUGGGAACAACUUCACGGCUGUUUCAAAGAGCAGGACCCCCAAUGCUACAAACUACAAUAUGUGUGUUUCCAUCAGCAUGUCUUUUUGGAACACUUUUAAUUUGUGCAUAAAGAAGCUGAGUUGAAACGGCGAAAAAGCAAAGUUUUUAUAUUUAUAUAUAUAUAUAUAUAUAUAUAUAUAUAUAUAUAUAUAUAUAUAUAUAUAUAUUUAAAAAAGCUUUUAUGCUUGGCUGAAGUGGAAAAGUUGGUGCAUAGAUAAAAACAUAAUACUACUCGGACUUAGUUAAUAAAUCAUGAGUACAUAAGGCCACUAAAGAGACCGAAACAUCCGAUCUGUGAGAAAACAAUCCUCCAUUAAAUACAUGAAAUAAACAAUAAUGUCAUAUUUUUAUCGUGUUUUCUCAGACUCCCUGAGAGGCGAGUGAGAUCCAUUUUUCGUGAUCCAUUUUCUAAGUCUGAUCUAAAUUGUUUUCUCUCCUGUGUUGAUGACUUUACAGCCUGUGGGAUUGGUUUUCCAAGUUCCUUUUUUUUUUUGUAUCUGGUAAAACAGGUGAAAAAAAAGGUCUUGGCAGGUUUUUUCUUUGUCUUCUCAGGAUCAUUUUCAAAUGUUUGUUGUUGUAAUACUCAUUUCCAAGUGCUCCACUACCCCAUGUUCUAAUUAAGUUAAUUUCUCCAUGCACUCUCAACACAAGGUAUAUACUGGAUAUUGUGUAAGAAAGUUACCGUAUUUCCUCUAAAAGACAGGUCUUGAAUAAUGUCGACACAAAUAAAGGCCGGACCCCAAAUAUAGGUCAGGGAAAAAACCAUGGUGGAUAAAUUCCCCGCUAAGCAAAAUAUAUAUUUCCAUUGCUUUUCAUUUUUAAAAAUUCAACAGUAUAAUUAUGCUAUUUUUAACCAUGAUUUUUCCGCCACAUGUUACCGUAUCACAAAAAAUGUGUCACAAUAAAAGCCCUGUUAAGACAUAAAGGGUUUCUGUCCACUGAAAUGCUAAAGGGCUUUUUAUUUUGUAUUAACAGUGUAAUGCAGUAAGUUGUAUCAGAGCCAAAACAAAGGAUUGGUGGUAAUAUACUUUUUUCAAUAGGCGGAAUUAGAAAUAAAGGCCUGCCUCUAACACAGGCCUGGUGCCUUCCACAGCUGAUAAGGUCCCUGGUCACUAUUUGAGGAAAUACGGUAUGACAUUACUGACUGUAAUGAUGUGUGAUUUUUAAACUCAGCUGGAAGAAAACCUGAAUGCUUUCAGUCCUUUCUAGGGGGGGUAGUGGUGCACUGCAGCCUCUUGUGGCCAAAAUGAGUUUUACACAACAGAAAUUACCCUAAAAACAAGCCAUUAGAACAGGAGAGAACUUUUUAGUUCAGACUUUUCUUCUUCUUUUUUUUCACUUGCAUCUCAGGGCUUCCCUAUUACUCCAUCUGUCCACUUUUUCUGCAAUAUAUAAUGGCCCCAACUGGUGAAUUUCUUUUUUCUUUCGUUUUAUUUAAAACUUAAUUGUUUGUCACAAGUGACAGAAAUUCAUCUUUCACAGGGCAGGUUCUAAUGACAUGGAAUACUAAUGAGCUCCACCGACGGGUUAUCUUGAUGUAGCCGACUCCUAAUAUUGUGGAUGGAAAAGCUUUUUCUUUUGCUCUUUUUUCUGGAAUUUUUCUUAAAAUUCGUGCGACAAUCGGUAUAUAAAUCUUCAGAGUUGAGAGCAAAAUGAACUUUUCCACCCUUCUUCUCUACAGUGACACUGUCCCCAUCAUCCUGAAACUGCUCCCUCCACGUCAGGAAGACUUUUGCUGCCAGACGUGGCAGAAAAAUAAGUAGUGGUGUGGUAGGGUGUGCUUCUCUCUACAUUAGUGAAUAAUGGCCUUGCUCUAUGAAAUCUCAAACUUGCACUUUUGGUGAGAAAGCCUGUGACAGUGAUCCUGGCCAGAUGUUUGUUCUGCCCCAGAGCCGGGCAACAUGGAUCCACAGCAACGUCCCGCUCAGCUUUGAUUGGAAUUAGGGUCUGAAAUUAACCUCAAAUACGUGUUGUUUUUCAUACCAACAUCAUUUCCAUUAUAUAAGAUUUGUAUGAUUUUGCUUCUUUGCACCCCUGUACAUUCUUAUUAUUCAACAUAUAUACCCCUACUGCUGCUUUUGCAUGUGUAGGCCCAUUGACUUGAGUUGCAUACAUUUGACAUCAUGGUGAUCAUUUUCCAAAUCAUUUUUUUUUAGAUUUUGUCCCUUUCACACAGCCGCUGGUUUCAGUCAUUUCUCUGAAAAUCUACUUGCAGAGACCUGAAACUUGCUACAGAGUGUUCAACAUUUAGUCACCUUUGGUUUUUAUUAAUUACUUGUAAAUUGUGUGGUAUUUUUUCAGCUGCUUGCAGGUAGUGUAUUGAACAGAAUUACCGGUAAUGGAAUGUGCCUCAGAGAUUAGAGGCCAGAAACGUUUCGUGAUGCAAGAAAUGACCAACUUCAAAUUUAGAUUUCACAGCAUCCCCCUUGGCUCAUUCUGGGUCUUUUGGAUUUGAGCUUUUAAGUACGUAGUUAGAGUGCAACGCAUUCCAGCAGCUGAUUCAGGUCUGUCAGUCUGAAAGCUUUUAUAGUCCUCUCUCCAGAAUAAAAUCUGAUGAGGGCUGUAGUGUAACUGGGUUGAAGCAUUGCAAAAAUCUAGUGUCUAUCAUAAAUUAUGGGAAGAUGUAUUGAUUAAAACACGUCCAUACUAACCUUGGGUAUUUUAUAAAACAGAAUAUAUCUUCAGAUAAAAAAGAAGGGACUACAAGCACAGAUAUUCACGCAAUUAGACCAAACUGGACUUGAAAAAUUCAGAUUUAGGAACAGCCCGAAUGGUUUAUCAAAUUAGAAGUUGGACCGUAUAUUAAUGCAUCACCAAGGAAUGAUUGAAUUUUAAAAGCAAUGAACGGAUCUUUCUGCAGCAAGUUUCACAUUCUUUAUAGAAAUUCCCUGAAAGAAAGAAAGAAAGCGUUUAAAACCUUGAUGUCAGAGAAGUGCCAUGUUUGUCCUUCUCUUCUCAUCAUCGUUACCCCCCCCCCCCCCCCCGAGAGCUGUUUACCUUCCUCUGAUGCCCGUCCACGGUUAAUUUCAGACCCUGAUUGUGUUGAUUGCUGUUAUUUUUUAAAUGUUUUGCAUUUGUUUUAAUUCCUUUUUUCUUAAAUCCUGUUGUAUUUUAAUGUUGUUGUCACAGAGCUGAGAUUAUAUUAUUAUUGGGCCAUGUGGAUUCUUGUGCCUACAGAAAUAUGAUGUCUUUUUUUUUUUUUUUUUUUUUUAAAUAUUGUAUGUGUCAAUACCAGACAUACCAUAUCAUUUGUAUGUAUAAAGGUCUGUCUGAGGAUAGUAACACUUUUGCACACAAGAUGUUAUUAUUAUUAUUAUUAUUCUUAUGUGGUUAAUGAAUUUUCGAGAAGCCAAGGUCACGUCUUACGUCUUGUUUCUGCCGACCAACAGUCCAAAUCCAGAGACAUUUAGUUUACAGCAAAAAUGAUAGUAAUAUAUAAAACAGAGUGGAAUGGAACUCUUAUAAAGUCAAAGUGUGAGUAAAUGUUAAAUUCUUGGAUUUGGGGAAAGGAAAUGGCUGAUUCAGAUCCGUCCGUCCGUCUGAAAGGAGAGCUUUCUCUGGUUCUGGACUCUUUAACCACUGUAGGGUCUGUGUAGUAGCUGGGCUGGAGCUUUGAUCGUAUCAUAUCAGUAGCGUGAGGAUUUUUUGGAACUCUAUGGACUUCCCAUCCAUGGUGGAAAAUAUGACAGCUGGGCACCUCCAUCUGCUGAGGGAGAUGGUGCGAUGGUAUGCAGUAGAAAGCUCUGGAACAGGGACUACAUGGACCUUUUUGUGAGUUUUAUUUUCUCAACUUCUUACUUUCAACCUUUGAAGAUGUACUAAAUCUGCAGUUAAAAGUUCAACAAUUUUUCAUUAUGAGACGAUUUAAUCUGAUUGCUGAAAUUAAUAAUUUGACAUUUUGGCAAUUGCACUUAUUUGCUUUGAGAAGAUCCAGAUUAAUCAUACGUCUGUCUGUAUGAAGUUCCAGCCUGCAGCCACUUAGCGUAGCCUAGCAUAACGCCCUAGCACGGGGAAACAGCAGCCUGCCUCAGUCUGAAGAUACCAGUCUGCCUCCCAGCAGCUUGGGACAGAUUAACCCUCGUGUUGUCUUCCCGUCGGCCAUGCAACUUUUUGUUUUUCUGCGUCAAAAUGUCAACAAUAAGAAGCUUUUGUCACUUUUCUUAGUAUUUUUUGUUGUUGUGUUUUUUAAAGCUUUUUCCUACAUUUUUGUCACUUUUCCGGAGUUCUUUGUUGAUAUUUUUCUGCACUUUUGACGUUUUUGUUCGUAUUUUUUCUGACAUUUUGUCAUGUUUUUCAACAUUCUUUUAUCAAUUCUUUUCUUCAAAUGUUAUCAAAUUGAAUAAAACACCCACAUUCAAUGAAAGUAGGGAACUGAUCAUUCAUUUUUCUUGUGAAGAGCGUUGUACAGAACCAUUCACGUUAUUUUUGACAAUUUGGUUGAAAGAAACCCACAUUUCUGAUAUAGAAUCUUUUUGAAAACAAAUGGGUCAGAUUUGACCCCGAGGACAAAGGAGGGUUAAACAAGCAAUAUACAGCAUGUUCACUGGUGAUUAUGUGUUCAUUGGCAGACUUUAUUAGAGGCAGGCGGAGGCAGGCUCCCCCAUUUUUUCCGCCUUUGUGCUAAGCUAACGGGCUUCAGACUGUAGUUUUAUAUUUAACAGACAAAUAUGAGAAUGUUAUCCAUCUUCUCAUCUAACUCUCCGCAUGAAAGCCAAUCAGCGUAUUCCACAAAAUGUUGAAUUAUUCCUUCAACAGAGGCCGCCGGGGUCUCCUUUACUUGUUUACUAACUCUAAACUGUAUUUGUGACAGAAGGAUCUUCCCACAUGUGUCCCAGUUCUCCUUUCUUGAAUCCAGGAUUAGCUGGCAUACUGUGUGCUAAAGUGUUAGCCUGUGAUUCGGACAGAGCUGCUCUUGUGAAUGUUGAGCUCCGGUGACUCUGAUCACUACAAUCCAGGUUGCAGCACUCGGAGCGUUCGUUUUAAAGCAAUGCUCCGUGCUGAAACCAGUUCCUUUUAUUCUUCAGUGCAAUCCGGUCCAAGGGUCGUUAACUCGUAUCAGUAUGUGUCUCUGCAGCACUUUACCCACGAGCGGGGGGAGGGAGAGGAGAGGUGUGUUUGU